GCAGCACACCUGUUCCUGUUGGUGUGUGUGCGCGGUUGUGUAAAGUGGUAUUUUCACCUUGGAGCAUCACAGUGAAUCCGCUGUAGUUUUGACUUACUCACAAAUGGAGCGGAUCAAUCAAGUUUGGAUGUAAAAAAAUAACAGGAAGAGAAGAAGAAACAAAGGACUGAAAAACAACAAACAAACGGGAAAAUGCCUCCGAAGAGGAGAAACCACGAUAUCAUUGAAGUUGAAAAUGUCGGGAUGGAUGUGGAUGCUGAGCCUGAUAGUGACAGUGAAGAAGAGGCAAGGAGAAGAAGUCGAAACAGGAGAUCUAAGUCACAACGUAAAGCCAAGCAAGUCAGUGAAGAUGAGGAUGAGGAUGAGGAGGAGGAGGAGGAUGAGCCGCCUCGACGACGAGGACGGAGGAAGACAACCAAGACGGAUGAGGACGAGACCCCUCAAAGACGGGGACGAGGGAAGAGGACCAAGCCCCAAGACAGUGAUGAAGAUGAGGAGGGAGAUAAACGAAGGGCAGCAAGAAAAGGAUCGAAGGCCUCUAAGAAAAAAGCUGCUAAGGAGACGAGCGAUGAGGAAAGUGAGGAGGAAAAAGUGGGCAGAAAAAAAGCUGGGAGAGCUGUAUCCAAAAAGGAGAAAGAGGAGCAGAAUAAGGAGCAGAAGGGAAACGUGAAAGGAAAAGAUGGGGAGAAUAAGGACAAGAAGAAGAAGAAGAAAAUGAGCAGCAGCUCCUCCUCUUCUUCCUCCUCCGACUCUGAUGAAGAAUCCUUGUCAGAGGGAGAGAUCGCAGCGCUGAAGGAACAGGUGGAGGAGAAGAAGAAGCUGAUUGCCACUUUAAGGAACAAACCCUGGCGCAUGAACAAGAGGCUCUCACUGCUCAAGGAGGCCCAGGACUUUGUUGAAAAGUUUGAAGGAGCUCUUGGUAAAGGGAAAGGCAGGAGACUGUAUGCUUUCAAAGUGAUGAUGACUAAGAAACUCAUCAAAUUCAAUCGUGAUUUUGAGAACUUCAAAACGGCCUGUAUACCCUGGGAGAGGAAGAUAAAGGAAGUUGAAAGUCACUUUGGAUCAUCAGUAGCGUCAUAUUUCCUUUUUCUGAGGUGGAUGUACGGUUUAAAUCUGGUCCUCUUUGGGUUCAUGUUUGGCCUGGUGGUGCUCCCUGAGGUUCUUAUGGGUCUUCCAUACGGCUCCAUUCCCAGAAAAACUGUCCCCAGAGAUGAAGAGGACACAGCCAUGGACUUCUCUGUCCUUUUUGACUUUGGGGGUUACUGCAAAUAUUCUAUUUUGUUCUACGGGUACUACAACAACGACCGGACCAUCGGGGUCCUGCAGUACAGACUCCCUCUGUCGUACCUCCUCACGAGCGUCGGAGUUUUUGGAUACAGCUUGUUGGUCGUCAUCAGAACGAUGGCGCGCAACGCGAACGAAGGAGGAGACGGGGGAGACGAGGGGGAAUUCAUCUUCAGCUGGAAAAUGUUCACCAGCUGGGACUACCUGAUAGGAAACCCAGAGACUGCGGACAACAAGUACGCCUCCAUUACCACCAGCUUCAAGGAAUCCAUAGUGGAUGAACAGGAGAACCAGAAAGACGAGAACAUCCACCUCCGACGCUUCCUCAGGGUUUUUGCUAACUUUCUCAUCCUGUGCAGCCUCGGUGGCAGCGGGUAUCUCAUCUACUUUGUGGUGAAAAGGUCCCAAGAGUUCGCUAAGAUGGACCCCAAAACCCUCACGUGGUUUGAAAACAAUGAGGUGGAGUUUGUGAUGUCACUGCUUGGGCUUGUGUGUCCUCCUCUAUUUGAAACCAUUGCGGAGUUGGAAGACUAUCAUCCCCGUAUUGCCCUUAAAUGGCAACUGGGACGGAUCUUUGCCCUUUUCCUUGGAAAUCUUUACACGUUUCUGUUUGCCCUCUUUGACGAGGUUACUGCCAAGCUGGAAACUGAAAAAUCCAUCAAGAACGCCACUGAAUGGGCUUUACAUCAAUACUAUGCCAACUACAGCUCGUUCUACAAUACCACGGAUGUGCCUCCUCCAAAAGUGGCCCCCGCUGAUGUCAUCAGGGGUCCCUGCUGGGAGACUGGAGUUGGAAGAGAAUUUGUGAAGCUAAUCGUCUCGGAUGUGCAGGUUACCUAUUUGACUAUUCUUGUCGGUGACUUUGCACGCGCUUUCAUCGUCCGUUUCCUCAAUUACUGCUGGUGCUGGGACCUGGAGGCCGGAUUUCCUUCAUAUGGAGAGUUUGACAUCAGCGGAAAUGUCCUAGGGCUUGUCUUCAAUCAAGGAAUGAUAUGGAUGGGUGCAUUUUAUGCCCCGGGUCUAGUGGGCAUGAACGUCCUUCGGCUCCUGACCUCGAUGUAUUAUCAGUCCUGGGCAGUGAUGGCUUGCAAUGUUCCUCAUGAGCGAGUGUUCAAAGCCUCACGGUCCAACAACUUCUACAUGGGCCUGCUGCUACUAGUGCUGUUUCUUAGCCUGCUUCCUGUUGUCUACUCCAUGAUGACUCUGGCCCCGUCCUUUGACUGUGGGCCAUUCAGUGGCCAAGAGAAGAUGUAUGAUGUGGUAAUAGAGACUAUUGACCAGGAUCUACCAGCUUUUAUUGGGAACAUUUUUAUAUAUGCCAGCAACCCUGGACUCAUCAUGCCUGCUAUCCUUCUUAUGAUACUGGCCAUCUACUAUUUGAACACAGUGUCAAAAGCCUACCAACAAGCAAAUACUGACCUGAAAAAGAAGAUGCAAAUGGCUCGAGAGGAUGAGAAGAAUCGGAGGAACAACAAGGACAGCACUAAUCAAGUGAUGAAAGACCUGGAAGACCUGAUGCCAGACAAAUCUCUUGCACCGCCUCCCGCUGAGGAGGAGAAACCGCCUGAGGUUGUAAUCGAUAAGAGCGUCAAGCCGACUAAAACGAAACCAGGCACAGCAGAGAAAGGAGUAAACGUCCAAAAGGAAGUGUCACUGGCUGCCCCGAACCCCAGGCGGCCUGUGACCCGCGCCCCCGGGCCAAGAGGGGGGCCUCCUGGAAACACGAGGUCACCUCAGCCCCAACCUGGAAAAGGCAGAGGUCAGGGUGCUGCUCCAAGAAGAUAAGAAAAGGAAAACAGGACAAUUCAAACAACUCACCGCUCAUGAUGGAUGAAGGAUAGCAUGACUGUCACCGUCGCAACAGAUGUGGCAUUGGAACAAAAAUAUUUUUUAUUAAACGACAAGUUUUGUAUACCUGUAAAUUGUAGACAUGUUGAACAAAUGUAACAGAUGAAACAAUUUUAGUUGUACAAAUGUAUUUUUAUAACUGGGAAAAAAAGGUUGAAUAAAUAUUUUUGA